AUGGGCGCCCGUGGACGUAUCCGCAACGGAGGGAGCUUUUUCGCCGAGAAGGAAGAGGAGAGCAUGCGAUCGCUGAUUGCCGCAGCUGAGGAGCACAACAUCCUCUUCAUCUUCGCCCUCUCGCCCGGCAGCGACGUGGUGUACUCACAGGAGGAGGACGUCAACUUCUUAAAGAGCAAACUGCAGCAGGUUGGCUCUUUCACUAUCUCUCUGUCUGUCUGUCUGCCUUUUCUUAUCGCAAAGCUAAGAGGACUAAAAUGUCACUGUUAG